CUAGCUCGCGCGGUCUCCUGGGUAACGGUGCCUAUGGCAACCACUGUAAACAACGCGCCCUGCCACACCGAGGAGAAGAGCGAACAAAACGCUAACGUUAUGGCUUUCUGCAACACCGAGUAUUUCGACCAGAUUGGGAAUAUUCAAAAGAGCAUGAACGAACGGGAAAGAUGGAGACAUGAGCUGGAGGAAAAACUGUUUGCCUAUUUAAGAUCAGAAGAAAGAUUGACUAAGUUGAAGUGUGCCAAGAUGCACUGCUAUUACAAGGAGCUGUGUGAGAGAGAGCAGCAAGCAAAGACACGCAACCUUGAGCUUCUUGGGAAUGUGGAGAACUUGGCAUCAAAAAUGAACGAAUUCUCCAUUGAUUGUAGCCGGCUGCUUCAAAAGAGGCUGGAGUGCAAGAAUCACAUUACCAGACUGAAGGAAGACAGGAAGAAAAUGGGGAGCAGGGGGGAAUCGGAAGCAGACGAGCUCCCGAGCAGCUUCAAGCUUCCCAGCAAACAGGGAUCAUCACAGAGUGCUGUCGUCUUCACGGGUCACCAGACCUCAAACGGCUCAUCAAGAAAUGAUGGCGUCACAACCACACGCUCACCAUCUCAAACAGAGCUGAUACCUAAUCAUCCUUUACUCUCUCCUCUACAAAGUGGCCUUUGUAUGCACUCGCAUCUUUCAAAAGCCGCUGACACUGCCAUUUCAUCUGAUGACAUUCUAAACUCAGGUGAUUUUCUUGAGGGCAGACAUUUGAGUGACGUGCAUGAAAAGCAGAUGAAGUCUGAUUGGGACGUCUUUCAGAGGACAGGAGAGCAGCAUAGAUGGGAAGAACUAAACUCACCUCACACAACCCUGAAAGAAGCCGAGGUGUCCUCUCGAUCUGCGACCGCGAAGAAGCCUGCACACAUUGUGUCAUUAGAGAGGUGUCCGAGCCGCAGUCCUUCCUCAGAUACUACUGAUCCAAGAGAUUCCUCACAAUACAUGAACUCUGGAGGUGACGAUGAGGAAGUGUCUGCAGAGGAUGAAGGUGACUCUUCACCAAGACAUCAAGAUCUUUCAGAUCACACUAACAGCAGACAUCAAGCCUUGAGGGGAGAUGUUGUAAUUCAAGAACAGCAUGUAAUAUCCUUUCAAACCAAAGGUGGCACACACAAGCAGGUCAACACACAGGAACCUGGAAGGUCUUACUCUCACGAAUCCCCUAACAGGCUCUCCAUGGAAGGAUUUUGUCAUCUUCUGCACAGCAUUGAGCGACGUCUCAGUGCUAAAGACAUGAACCUCUACAGAAGCACAGUCCAUGAGCAGAAACUCGAUGAUAUCAUCAGUAUAUGUGGUCAGUGUGGGCGUCUGGAUGGUGUGGAAGUGCAUGCGUGUGGUGCUGUGGUUCUGCAGCAGCUGCCCCUGUUGUCCUGCAGUCUAUCUCACGGAUGCCUGUUACCCAGUGAUCUGAUCAACACUCACUGGUCAUCAGCUACAAAACCAGAACAGAUCAGGUCGUGUCUGUCAGCUGAUAGUGCUCUGCUGUGGGACUGCUGCUUCAGACACUUCUUACAGCUUCAGCAACAGAAAAUCCUCAGCAUCGACCACAUCAUCCAGCUCUUCACUCCCCUCCUAGUGCCAAAUAAUGCCACCUACACUGAGAAGGCAGGGGAGCUUUUGAAGAGGCUUCUGACCCACGAACCUGAGAACCAUCAGCCAUCAGAAAGUGAACUGUCAUCUUCUUGCAGCUUGCCCUCUCUUCUGGAUGACAGUGUGGAAAUCAAGGCCGCCAGGCCUUCCACAACAAGAGAGCAAACUGUUGGAGCACAAGGAAUUCAAAGUGCUGAAGAGGACAGUGCCGACCAAAGCCCAGUGGAAAGUAUUCCUAUUAGAGAGACCAAAGCAUAUCAGCUGCUUAAACAGUCUGUGGCACAAGAGAGGCACUGGAGUGACUCAGAGGAGGAGGAUUCUGAGCCGUCAGACAUUAACAAAUUGGAGAGGUCUGAGGCGCUCCGGGAGUCUUUAGCACAAAAUAGCAGGAAGACUGCAGAAAAUAAAGCUUUCUCUGCUGUCCAGUCAAAGGCAUUUUGGGGAGAAUCAGAUGACAGCAAUUCAGAGAUCGAAAUGGCCUUGCGUCCUCAGUCCCGCAACACCAGCAGCCAUGACUUUGAUGAUUUUUAUGAUUAACGUUUCUCUUUUGAGUGUUCACACUGUCAAGUUUUUAUUGUUGUUGUUGUUUUUUUUCAUUGAGCCGUUAAUAUGUUUGAAAGAGAUGCCUUUAUACGAUCGCAAAACAAACAAAAAUCUUCACUGAGGAAUGAGUGCGACAUUCCACGAAAACAAAAAAGAGCCAUCCUCUUUAUUGUGGCCAAAGACUGUGAAGGGUUUUCAAAACAUGUCGGUGUUAACCCUGCUUGAAUCUCUUUAGCUGAACAACACUUGGACCUGGUUGAAAUAGAUUAAACUUGGUUUUUAAAGUGA